AUGGAAGAGGAAUUAAUGCAAUUUCUGUCACAAGAUGUAGGAGAAGAGAGAGUAGAUGGAGGAGAAAUAGAAGAGUUCAUAAACAACCACAAAGAGAAGAGGGGAGUAGUGGUGGUCACAUCUGGUGGCACCCGCGUGCCCCUCGAACGACACCCCGUCCGAUUCAUCGACAACUUCAGCACUGGCCGACGGGGCUCGUCCUCGGCCGACCACUUCAUGGCAAAUGACAUGGCCGUCAUCUUCCUUCACCGCAAAGACUCCCUUCAACCACGCAAACACGACAAUCUCCUGAAGGUCGAGUUCGUCACAGUCUGGGAAUAUUUGAGGUACCUCAGGAUUUGUUCGAAGGCUGUGGCUGUGCUGGGGUCGCGAGCACUCCUGUACUUGGCUGCGGCUGUCUCCGACUUUUAUCUACCACUGGAAAGAAUGCCUGAACAUAAAAUGGAGUCCCACACGGACGAGUUGGUGCUUCAUUUGAAAAGAGUGCCCAAAACACUUCAUCUGGUCACCUCAUUGUGGAGUCCUCAGGCCUUUGUUGUGACCUUCAAAUUGGAGACUGACUCGAGCAAGCUUAGAGAGAAGGUGGGCAAGUCAUUCGAGGACAACCAGCAGUCACUCGUCGUGGCUAAUUUGUUGGGGAGUAGGGCAUUCAGCGUCGUUCUGUUCGACAGGUCAAUGGAGGGGGAAUCAGUGGAGACACACGACGAGCCUAUCGAGAAACUAAUAGUCAAUGCCAUCCUCCUCAAAUACAACAAAUUUAAUAAUUAA